UCCAUUGUCGUCAAUUCUUCCUCAGCUGUUGCUUUGCGUCCUUCAAGAUUUUCAAGACAAGGUCAGAGAUGCGGGUCCUAAGUCCUGAAUAAUGUGUGAUAAGUGAGAGUUGAGGACCCUUUUCUCCUUCUUCUGCUUUGUUUUUAUUUCCAAAAAGUGUUUUCACCCGGAUAAACCAUGUGCAGUCAAAAUUUUGUGGACAAGUUCAUGCGCAUUGUCUUCUCGUGGUUGGGAAGACAAGUGGGUCAAAGACCAGUGCCAUUCAUUAUUGUGCCUCUGCUCAUGACAGUGACCUCCUUCUUGGGAUUCUAUUAUGCCAAGCACGCCUCGGAUCCCGAGUUCUUAUUCUUGCCCAUCAAUGGUGAGGCCAAAUACGAAAGGGCCAUCACCGAGUCCUUUUUCCCAACCAACUACUCGGCCUUUGAUCCGGGACGAAUCACUCGUAACGGGCGAUUCGGUAGACUCCUGAUCACCGCCCAAGACAAUGAGACCUUGUUAAGAGAUGAUAUGUUUCGAGAAAUGCUCAUCUUGGACGAGCUGGUCCGAAAUAUGACUUUCUCUUUUGAGAACCAAACUUGGAAGUACGAGGAUGUUUGCGCUCAAAACAAUGGCCAAUGUUGGAAAAACGACAUCUUAUUACCCGCCUCUGUGAUGGCUAAGGUGGAAAACAAAACCGCGUUUCUGACCUAUCCAAUCUGGUUUAGUCCUCUCACCUUUGAUCGGGUCAUUUUCCCGUUCUUUGCGGGAGGGAUCCAGAUUUCCAAGACCCACACCAUCAACAGCAUCUAUGUCGUCAGCUUGAACUACUUCCUCAAAUCUGGCACCAAAGAGGAUAUGAAUAGAGGGCAAGCUUGGGAGCGAGCUUUUUUGGACUUGGUGGGCUCCGUACCUUUCGAUCACAUCAAAGUGGCCCGAUUCUCAUCCUUGACUCUGGAGAUCGAAUUGGAAAAUAACACCAAUUCUGUGAUGCCUUACUUUUCCAUCAACAUCGCCAUCAUGGUCAUCUUUUGCGUGAUCACUUGCAUGAUGUCGGAUUGGGUGCGCUCCAAGCCCUAUCUCGGCCUUAUUGGUGUGGUUUCCGCUCUAUUGGGAUCCAUCACUGCCUUUGGCGUGGUCAUGCUGACAGGAGUGCCAUUCAUUGGCAUCAACUUGGCAGCCCCUUUCUUAAUGCUGGGCAUUGGUAUUGAUGACACCUUCGUUUUCCUGAGUGCCUGGCGUCGAACCAACCCUUUGGAUGAUGUGCCCAAGCGAAUGUCCAAUUGCUUUGAGGACUCGGCUGUGUCUAUCACCAUCACGUCAUUGACUGACAUGUUAAGUUUCUUCGUUGGAGUGAUCACACCGUUUCCCAGUGUCAAGAUAUUCUGCAUCUACACGGGUACUGCCGUGGGAUUCACUUAUUUGUUCCACAUCUUCUUCUUUGGAGCAUGUCUGGCUAUCUCUGGCUAUGCGGAAGACAAGAAUAGACAUGCGUUCACGUGCUUAACGGUGCUUCCAAAGUCGCUCUCAAGCGACCGUUCCUAUUUCUAUCGGCUGUUUUGUAGCGGUGGUAUCAAUCGCCAAGACCCGGGAAAUCGAGAGGACCACGCGACGUUCGACCUCAUGGAAUUCUUUCGUGGGCCUUUCUCUCGUUUUUUGCUCAAUCGUUAUGCUCGCAUCAUGAUCCUUUUGACCUUCUUUGUUUACGUGGCUGUGGCACUUUAUGGCGUUUCCAACUUAAAGGAAGGCUUAGAGAGGAAGAAUUUGGCUCGACUUGAUUCAUAUUCCUUGGAUUUUUACACCCUGGAAGACACAUAUUUCCGCGAUUACCCAUACCGCGUUAGCGUGGUCUUUUCGGGCAAAAUCAAUUACUCUGAUCCAUUGGUUCAAUUGGAUGUGGAAGAAAUUAUGCAAAGGCUGGAAAACACGACCUUCAUCGAUCCAAUCUACUCUGAGAGUUGGCUGAGAGACUUUUUGGAUUAUGUCAAACGAAACGAGGACUACGACCCAAUUGACAUUUCGACUGAAGAACGUUUUGUCGACGCGUUAAUGAAUAUUUAUUUGGGCACGCCUUUCAACCCUUACCUGAAUGACGUUCAUUUGGAUGACGGAAAAGUGGACGCAGCGAGAUUUCUGAUUCAGGGAAAGAACAUCAAAAAUGCUGUGGACGAGAAGAUAUUCGUCCAAGAGCUCCGAGACGUUUGCAAAUCCACAAGCUACAAUGUGUCCGCUUAUCAUCCCUACUUCAUGUAUUUUGACCAGUUUCUCUUGGUUCUCCCCAUGACCAUUCAAUGCGUCACUGUGGCAGCUGUGAUAAUGAUGGUCAUUGCUCUCGUUUUCAUCCCCAAACCCAUUUGCGCCCUUUGGGUGGCCUUCUCUAUUGUGUCAAUCGAGAUUGGCGUGAUUGGUUUCAUGACUCUGUGGGGCGUAACUCUGGACUCCAUCUCGAUGAUCAACUUGAUCAUGUGCAUUGGCUUCUCAGUGGACUUUUCCGCCCACAUUUCGUACCAUUUCAUGGCCAAGGCCAAUCUCGACCCGGCCGAUCGAGUGGCCGAUAGUAUGCAUGCAUUGGGCUUACCCAUCACGCAGGGGGCCAUCUCCACCAUUUUGGGCGUGGUCGGGCUGGUCAUGGCCCCUAGCUACAUUUUCAUUAUCUUCUUCAAGAUGGUGUUCCUGGUCAUCUUCCUGGGCGCCCUUCACGGUCUGUUCCUCUUGCCCGUGUUAUUGACCACGUUUGGAACGAACGCAUCAAGUAACAGUGAAACCAAAAAGCUCAAUGAAAUGAAUUGCCAGGUCAACAGAGCCUACACGAGCGAGUGACGAGCAAGACAAAGAGAGACUAACACCCCUAUAUACGCGCAUUUAGAGUUUAACCACAUUUGUAUCGUAUCUGUAUGUGAUCCUUGUUUGAAUAUGUUACAUUCGAAAUACAUUGUUAUCCUUAAUGAAAAA